AUGACUGCUCUCACUAAGAAGUUCUGUUUGCUUAUGCCUCCUUUGUGGAUGCAGGUAAAGAUGUCUGAUCAGCGCGCGCGGAUUAAGGCUGGAAAGGAAUGGAUGGUAGGAUCGGGGUGCUACACCGACCCUGAGAACUUUAAAGGCUAUGCGAAGAAGAAGUUCCUGAGAGAGCUAAGGAGAUACCACUGGGACGAACCAUAUCUAUACAAACAUUGUUCUGAUGGGAUUUACAGAAGAUGCAUUGGAGAGUCAGAAGUUCCAGAGGUGAUGUUUCAUUGUCAUGGAUCUGAAUACGCUGGACACUUCGCGACCUUCAAAACGGUGUCUAAGAUCAGCAAGCAACAUGAGAUGCCACAGAAUUUCAUCCUUGAGGUUGAAGUGUUCGAUUGCUGGGGUAUCGAUUUCAUGGGUCCUUUUCCCUCUUCUUAUGGGAAUAAGUACAUCUUGGUUGCUGUUGAUUAUGUUUCUAAGUGGGUCGAAGCCAUUGCUAGCCCCACCAAUGAUUCUUUAGUGGUUCUCAAGAUGUUCAAGACCAUUAUCUUUCCUCGAUUUGGAGUACCUCAAAUUGUUAUAUGUGAUGGUGGUUCUCACAUUAUUAACAAGGUUUUCGAGAAACUCCUAAAGAAACAUGGAGUUCAUCAUCGAGUUGCAACUCCUUAUCACCCUCAAACGAGUGGACAGGUCGAAGUCUCAAAUCGGCAGAUCAAGGAAAUCUUGGAGAAGACAGUGGGUAAAACUCGGAAGGAUAGGGCUGCAAAGUUGGAUGACGCACUCUGGACAUACAGGACAGCGUUCAAAACGCCUCUAGGUACCACACCGUUCCACCUGCUCUAUGGAAAGCCCUGUCACCUUCCAGUGGAGAUCGAACACAAGGCAGCUUGGGCGAUAAAGAUGAUGAACUUCGACAUCAAGUCUGCUGCAGAGAGGAGACUAAUACAGCUGAAUGAGCUGGAUGAAAUCAGACACCAUGCCUAUGAGAACUCGAAGCUGUACAAGGAGAGGACCAAGGCGUAA